AUGAAUACAUUUUUCAUCACCUUCGUGAUCAUUUUUAUUACAUUAAAUGUUGCAUAUGGACGACCUGGUCCUAAAGAAGAAUUAUCUGAACUAAAUGAGUCAAAUGAAGAAAUACCUUUAAGCACAAAGGAACCUAAAGGCGAUAUAGAACCAUUCGAUCCCAAUAACGGAAACAUAAACUAUUAUUCAAGAAGAAUUGUUUGCAUCAAUAAACAAUGUGAAAUUACGGUCUGUGUUAAUGGAAAGUGUAAAAAGGAAACAAAAAAUUCAAACAAGUAA